AUGUUUUCCGUUCAGCAAGCUUUGGAGAAAAUUUCGAAUGAUCGCGAAUUGAAAAGAAGCCACAAUGCGGAGUUGAAAAAAGAAACCUCUUCUGCCCUGCUCCGCCUCAAAGAUCCCGAUCAAAAUCCCGAAAAAGAAGAUCUUCAGCAAAAAUCCUCUCGCCAUGCGGAAAUCGCGAUUCGCACACUCGAACUCGGCUGCAAGUCGAAAUCCCCGUCGAUUCAAAUUGUCGCCAUUGACACGCUUUGCAAAGUUCUAGCGCACGCGCAGUAUCUCGGAAAUACGCCCGACCCAGACGAGGAGAAUCCAAAUCGUUUGGCGAUUGAUCGCGUUUUGUUAUCCGUCGCGGACGCGUUCCAAGGAGUCAAUACAGACGAAAACGUACAGCUUCAAAUCAUCAAGGCGCUUCUUACAGCUGUUAGUUCCAACCACAUCGCCGUUCAUGAAACUACGCUGCUGAACUCGGUGAGGACGAUCUACAACAUUCACCUGGCUUCAAAAUCGCUUGUGAAUCAAACUACUGCGAGAGCGACAUUAACCCAAAUCCUGUCAUUGGUGUUUUCGAGAAUGGAGACGGCUGCCUUGGAAGAAAUUGAAUACAUUCAGGAAGAAGAAAAGCUACUAGAAAACUCUUCCGACGAUAGCUCGGAAUCAAUCGCCAAGUACGCGUUAGAUCUGGCGAUUCUCCGGGCAACGCGAAAGAAAACCAACCUCGCCGUUCUCCAAAAAGACGCAUUUCUCGUCUUUCGAUCGUUAUGCAAACUUUCCAUGAAACCUCUGGCAGAUGGUCCUCCCGAUCCUCGAUCGCCAGAGCUUCGAUCCAAAGUUUUAUCUCUUCAAUUGAUCCUAUCCGUUCUUCAAAACGCUGGGCCGGAGUUUCGACGGAAUGCAACCUUCUCAAAUGCUAUCAAACAAUAUCUCUGCGUCGCUCUUUCCAAAAACGGCGUUUCAACGGUCCCAGAAGUUUUUGAACUCAGUUUGGCGAUAUUCUUGAGCCUCUUGUCCGGCUUCAAGACGCAUUUGAAGGCCCAAAUCGAAGUUUUCUUCAAGGAAAUUUUCUUGAGCAUCAUUGAAAGUCCCAGUUCUACGUUUGUCCACAGAGCGCUGGUUCUUGAGGCCUUAGCGAGGAUUUGCGCCGACAGUCAAUCAGUAGUCGAUCUUUAUGUCAACUAUGAUUGCGACAUCAACGCUGCGAAUAUCUUCGAAAGACUGGUCGGCAACUUAGCCCGACUGGUUCAGACAAAAACGAGAAAAGCGGAAGAUUUUGAAGAGGAGUCGAUAAUUCGGAUGAAAGCGCUUGAUUGCUUGGUGAAUAUUUUGAAAUGCAUGGCCGAGUGGUCCCGUGAUUUGUACAUCAAUCCACACUCGGAAAUGUCCAUCAUGGGCAAAGAGUUCAGAUCCGCAAGCGAAGUAGACACACUCGAAGUUGACACAAAUGGGGUAACAUCAACUUCCGACAAUAGCGAUUCUGGUUACAAACAGGGCGAGUCCCAAAUGAUCGAGCAACUGGAAAGGCUAAAAAGUCACAAGGCAAAGCUCGAAGCCGCCAUUGCCCUCUUCAACAAAAAGCCAAAGAAAGGGUUGAAAGCGUUCAUCGAGCUUGAUGUAACGAAAGACGACCCGAAAGAAAUCGGUAAAUUCCUCCUCCGCGAAGAGCGAUUAUCCCCAGACGCCAUCGGAGAACUCCUGGGCGAAGGAGACCAAUACAACAUCAACAUCAUGCAUGCAUACGUCGAUUUGCUCGAUUUCUCGCAGCUUGGCUUCGUCGCUGCAAUUAGGAAGUUCCUUUCAGGCUUUAGGCUGCCUGGAGAAGCGCAGAAAAUUGAUAGACUAAUGGAAAAACUAGCCGCUCGUUAUGUACAGUGUAAUCCUGAAAAUGCUACUUUUGCUUCUGCCGAUGCUGCUUACGUUUUAGCUUAUAGUAUAAUUAUGCUGACAACAGAUCUACACUCCGCUCAGGUCAAGAAAAAGAUGACCGUCGAAGAUUACAUCAAAAUGAAUCGCGGAAUCAACAACGACUCCGACUUGCCGCCAGAUUACUUGACGGCAAUCUACAACGAAAUCAAGGAAGAGCCCAUUUCGCUCAAGAAACAACAGCAUCAUGCUCCCGAAAAUGCAACAAUGACUGAUAAGCUCCGGAAGAAAAUCUACGAGUCGGAGAUGGAAUCCAUCGCGACUACAGCUAAGGCGUUGAUGGAAGCUGUAAGUCACGUGACAGCAACUUUCGUUUCUACUUCGCAUUCCGAGCAUGUCAGGCCAAUGUUCAAGAUGGUUUGGCGACCUGCUCUCGCCGCAUUUUCCUUUCUCUUACAAUACCAAAGUCAGAAAGAAAUCGUCUCCCUGGUUCUUGAUGGAGUUCGCUGCGCCAUCCGCCUCUCAGGAAUCUUCAGAUUAGACUUGGAACGAGACAGUUUUAUAGGAAUUCUUUCGCGCUUUUCGCUCCUUCAGCAGACUUCAGGAGUUCAAGAAAUGCAAACGAAAAAUAUCGACGCAAUCAAAACUCUCAUUAUGGUCGCUUACACGGACGGUAAUUACUUGGGAACAACUUGGGCGGAAGUUUUACGCUGCAUUUCGCAGCUAGAAUUCCUCCAGCACAUCGGCACUGGUGUGAAGGAAGCAGGAGGAGAUAAAUCACAUGAUCUUCAACGAUCCCUGGCGGAGACCUCGAUUCAAUCGGUCGUUGUUGCUGUGGACAAAAUAUUCGCUGAAUCUUGCAAGUUGAAUGGUGAAGCAAUUGUUGAUUUCACCAGAGCGCUCUGUCAGGUGUCCGCAGAUGAGCUGAAGCAAAGUCCCCCACGAAUGUAUUCGUUGACAAAAUUGGUGGAGAUUUCGUACUACAACAUGGGCCGUAUUCGUCUUCAAUGGAGUCGAGUUUGGUCCGUCCUUGGCGAGCAUUUCACCAAAACUGGCUGCUCAGAAGAUGAGUCAAUCGCUGCCUUCGCCCUUGAUUCCCUCCGCCAACUGUCGAUAAAAUAUCUCGAAAAAGGAGAAUUGCCCAAUUACAAGUUCCAAAAUGAUUUCCUCCGUCCGUUUGAAACGAUCAUGAAGCGUACUACAUCACUUGCCAAUCAGGACCUCGUUCUUCGCUGCAUCGCGCAACUUGUCGACUCCAACCAGCACAACAUCCGCUCUGGUUGGAAAAAUGUCUUCGGCGUCCUUGGAAUCGCCGCCGGAUCCGACCGAGAAGCGAUUGUCGAACUCGCUUUCACAACUACAACUUUGAUUGCGAACCAAACUGUUGUUCGAAAUUGGGGAAUUCUAGCGCCAUACCUACAAGACUGCGUCAAGUGCUUGUCCGAGUUCGCGUGCAACCCGCAGUUUCCAGAUACGUCCAUGGAGGCGAUUAGGCUUAUCAGAGUUGUUGCUGAUCACAUUGCCGCGAAUCAGAAAGCUUUCGAAAGCUUGUCAGGAGAUGAUAUUUCGAAUAUUCCACUGGGCGAUCGAGUUUGGCUCAGAGGCUGGUUUCCGCUUAUGUUUGAGCUUUCCGCAGUGAUCAGUCGAUGCAAACUGGAUGUGAGGACGAGAGCGCUGACUGUUAUGUUCGAGCUGAUCAAAUCCCAUGGUGGAAAUUUCAAACCAAAUUGGUGGGAAGAUUUGUUCAACGUCUUAUUCCGCGUUUUCGACGGGUUGAAGUUGCCAGAAGCCGUCGAGCGGCGGGAAUGGAUGGACACAACUUGCCACCACGCUCUUUUCGCCGUCUGCGAUGUGUUUUCGUACUACUACUCGACGCUCGCCCCACUGCUGUUAAAAGACAUGCACAACCAUUUGGUCUGGUGCAUCAAGCAAAAAUCCCCCCAACUCGCCCAAGGAUCCUGCAACUGCCUUGAAAAUCUUGUCCUCGCAAAUCAGGCGGUGUUUGACGAAGCAGAGUGGAAAGAGUUCCUCAACUGCUUCAGAAGAAUCAAAUCCGAGUCCGAUCUUUCCGGACAGCCGGAAAUUCAACGAAUGGUCGAAAAAGAGCUCGUUCAUGCGAUUGAAGCAGUCUUGAACACGACUAAAAAGGCCAAACGAAGUCCUUCGGAAACGGAUGAAAAAUUAGAAAGUCUUUCCGCUCCCGGCUGGGUUCUCUUCGAGCUCUGCGAGCUCUUAGGCGACAUUGGCGCAAAAGCCCGCGCUCCUCACACUUCUCAACAAGCCUGCAUUCGGCAAUUACAGUUGCUCUUCCAGCUCGUUUCUUAUGAUGAAUUCGCGGAAAGGGUGCACAAUCAACUCAAAGAAAGCUGUAGCUUUGCUCUAAAAUCUGUCCUUCAAAACGCAACUUACCAUUCUUGGCAACUAACGCAAGAAGUUAUCAAUGGAGUGUUAUCCCUUAACUCUCAGAAAUUCGCCAUCCACGCUGCUACAAUUCACAAGCUUCUGUGCGACCUGCUUAUCAUCGAAUGUCCCGUCGAAGUUCGCCAACUGAUGUCCAAGUAUUUCAUGCGCGCCGGCAUGCUAGCUGGCCUCACGCAAACCAGUUAA